CCGCUCCUGCAUGAGUAGAGUUUGCGCUCUAUCUGUGCAAUCUCGCGCCACGUCUCGACACUUCAGCGGUUGAUAUAUAUGCAAGCCUCACUCGGGGACUCAGCGUUACUACACGCGCAACGAACGAACCAUACUCAAGUCCAAAUGGCUUGCUACGGAGCGUACCACCACAAGCCCGUCUGCCAGUGGGUAAUGUGCUAUGGCAGUCACAUACCGGCUAACGCGGUGCCUGGCGGCGAAGACGGCGGAGAGACCGUCUUCGUAGGACGCGCGGUGCACGACGAUGACGUCAUCCCGGGCAAGGUCCUACCUUCGCACAGCUGCUGCUACGUCUCCUACGCCGGCGCCGAGCACACUCACAGGGAGUAUCAGGUACUCAUCACCGACGGCGCUCCGAUGGCGUGGGUACCAGCUUCCGAUGGCUCCGUGCCAAGCGGAGCCAUCCAGGGCGGCGCCUGCGGCACCGGCGAACCGCUGUACAUCGGCCGCACCUUCCACAACGGCACACUGACCAUUGGCAAGGUGCAUCCAUCGCACAACUGCCUGUACAUCCCAUAUGGUGGUGACGAGCACCGCUACACUGACUACGAAGUGCUGGUUUGCAAGACGAUCAACUUCUCACCCACGUACCGGCCCGUGUGCGAGUGGGUCAUGUGCUUCGAGAACCGCAUCCCGUACAACGCGGUGCCCGGCGGUGAAGACAGCGGAGAGACCAUCUACAUUGGCCGUGCCGUGCACAACGGCGAGGUGAUACCGGGCAAGGUGGUGCCGUCUCACAGCUGCUGCUACGUGGCCUACGAAGGCGCCGAGCACAGCCACAGGGACUACCAGGCUCUCAUCUCGGAAGGAACCCCGUUCGCCUGGGCGCCGGCUUCCGACGGCGCGAUUCCCACUGGGGCCGUCCAGGGCGGCGUAUGCGCUUCGGGCGAGCCGCUCUACAUCGGCCGCACCUACCACGAGGGCACGCUCACCAUCGGCAAGGUGCAGCCUUCGCGCGGCUGCCUCUUCAUACCGUACGGCGGCGAGGAGCACUGCUACAGCGACUACGAGGUGCUGGUGGUACAGACGGUCAACUUCUGAGACGCCUCACCGAGUGGCAAAUGAAAGAAAGACGUCUCAACUGAACGCUCACAUUCGUUUAACCACGAAAGAACCGUCUUCUGAUCUCGUUUUACGUUCUUGUGGCAAUAAAGAACGGCCACAGAUGG